CGCUGGUGUCGUUUGCGAACAUAACCUAACCUGAAAGUUUGGGAACUCCUCAGUCCUCAUAGCAUCAAUACACUUACAAUGAAAUUGCAUUCAGUAUAAGUAUGUACUAAAAAAGGAAGCGAAUGUUAACAUAGGCACACACACAAAAAAUUAUGACCUCAAUUAUAAAACUACAAGCUCUUUCGGGAGCUGUAGGCGAAUCACCUCCUUGCUACAUCUUAGAUGUGGACGAAGUGAGAAUCUUGUUAGACUGUGGCUGGGAUGAGAAAUUUGAUCAAGAUUUUAUGCGCGAAUUAAAACGGCACGUAAACACGAUCGAUGCUGUCCUCAUAUCGUAUCCGGACACAAUGCACUUGGGUGCUUUACCUUACUUAGUAGGGAAAUUGGGUUUAAAUUGUCCUAUCUACGCAACGAUUCCGGUUUACAAAAUGGGGCAGAUGUUUAUGUACGAUAACUAUCAAUCACAUCAUAAUAUGGAAGAUUUUGAUCUUUUCACUUUAGAUGAUGUAGAUGCAGCAUUUGAUAAAAUUAUCCAGCUUAAGUUUAAUCAGAGUGUCUCUUUAAAGGGAAAGGGUUACGGUCUCACUAUAACACCGUUACCUGCUGGUCAUAUGAUCGGAGGUACUAUUUGGAAGAUAAUGAAAGUUGGAGAAGAAGAUAUCAUUUAUGCUAAUGACUUCAAUCACAAGAAAGAGCGUCAUUUAAAUGGUUGCGAACUGGAAAAACUGCAAAGGCCCUCACUUUUUAUUGUUGAUGCUUUUAACGCUAAUUACCAACAGGCACGGCGGAGAGUAAGGGAUGAAAAACUUAUGACUAACAUAUUACAAACACUACGAAAUAACGGCAAUGUACUGGUCGCAGUGGAUACAGCUGGUAGAGUAUUAGAAUUAGCGCAUAUGUUGGAUCAGUUGUGGAGAAACAAAGAGUCAGGCCUUUUAGCUUACUCGCUGGCUUUACUAAACAACGUUAGCUACAAUGUCGUCGAGUUUGCCAAAUCACAAAUAGAGUGGAUGAGUGACAAAUUAAUGCGCAGCUUUGAAGGGGCUCGUAAUAAUCCGUUUCAAUUUAAACAUCUGCAGUUAUGCCACAGUAUGCAAGAGUUAUCGAAAGUGCCCAGUCCAAAGGUUGUAUUGGCCAGUUCUCCUGAUAUGGAGAGUGGAUUUUCCAGAGAACUAUUUUUGCAAUGGUGUUCGAAUAGUAAUAACAGUAUUAUUAUAACAACAAGAACCUCGCCUGGUACUCUUGCGCGUGAUUUAAUUGAUAACGGUGGCAACAGAGCGAUUGAUCUGGUUGUAAAAAGGCGAGUUAGAUUGGAAGGUUCAGAAUUGGAAGAGUACGAAAGAAGGGAAAGGGACAAGGAGGACUAUUAUGCUAAAGAUGAGGACGUAGAGUCAGAGUCAGAUGAUGAUAUCGAAAUGAGCAUAAUAUCAAAGGGCAGGCACGAUAUCGUAAUAAAACAGGAAGGCAAAGUAAGCACGAGUUUCUUUAAAGUAGCAAAAAAGCAAUAUCCCAUGUUUCCUUUUCGAGAAGAAAAAAUAAAAUUUGACGAGUAUGGGGAAAUAAUCAAACCAGAAGAUUAUAAAUUAGCAGAUGUGGUAGCGGAGGGAGAAGACAAUAAAGAAAACAUAGUUAUUAAAAAAGAAGAGGAAAUUGUACCUGAUGUAACGGAAUUCCCGUCAAAAUGCAUCAUACUAAAUCGUACUGUGCAAGUAAAUGCACAAGUGCAGUACAUUGAUUUUGAAGGAAGAUCAGAUGGAGAAUCUCUUCUGAAAAUCUUAUCGCAGUUAAGACCUCGAAGGGUUGUUGUCGUCAGAGGGUCUAUGGAGAGCACAGCGACAAUUGUCAAACACUGCGAAGAAAGUAUGACCUCAAGAGUGUUCGCCCCAGCUCAAGGGGAGAUAAUUGACGCUACUAGUGAAACCCAUAUCUACCAAGUACGUUUAACAGAUGCCUUAGUCUCCCAGCUCAAUUUUCAAAAAGGUAAGGAAAGCGAAUUGGCUUGGGUGGAUGCCCAAGUUAUGUUCCGAGAAGCACAACAUGACGCUAAACGAUUAAAUGUUGACAACGAACCAAUGGAUGAGGAUGAAGAGGAAACAAAAAUUCUGACGUUGGAACCAUUAUCGAGUGCAUCUCCCCCCUCCCAUGACACAGUGUUUAUCAAUGAACUAAAAUUGUCCGAAUUUAAGCAGGUGUUAUUAAAGGGAAAUAUAAACUCGGAAUUUUCAGGCGGAGUUCUAUGGUGCUCUAAUGGUACUAUAGCAAUUAGAAGGAUUGAAAAUGGAAAAAUUAUUUUAGAAGGAUGUAUCUCCGAAGAUUAUUACAAAGUAAGGGAACUUCUAUAUCAACAAUACGCUAUUUUAUAAGUGCAAACAAUUUUUUAAUACAAAUUUGUGGUUUUAAUUUUCAAUAAAAUUGAGUUUUAUUAAAGAA